CUCGAGCGUCAUUUUUUGAAACUGGACCAAAGUGACCGACCAUCAUGACUGCGUUGCCGCCUUCCGCGUUGGCGUGGCCCGUCCCGUCUGACAUUGAUGUGAGCGACUCCAUCACGCCCGCGCACAUCGGAGAGAUCGCCAAGGCCGCUGGUUUGAUGGAAGACGAGAUCGUGUACUACGGCACGACCAAAGCCAAGGUCCAGUUGUCGGUGCGCGAUCGCUUGGCAGGAGUCACGGACGGCGCGUAUGUGGUCGUGACGGGCAUCACGCCGACCCCACUCGGAGAAGGCAAGUCCACCACGACAAUCGGGUUGGCACAAGCGUUGGGUGCCCACUUGAACAAGAAGUCGUUUGCGUGCAUUCGUCAACCGUCGCAAGGUCCGACGUUCGGUAUCAAGGGUGGCGCCGCGGGCGGCGGAUACGCGCAAGUGGUGCCCAUGGACGAGUUCAACUUGCACAUGACGGGCGACAUCCACGCCAUCACGGCCGCCAACAACCUCGUGGCGGCUGCAAUCGACGCGCGCAUGUUCCACGAGUCGACCCAGUCCGACAAGGCGCUAUUCAACCGCCUGUGCCCUGUAAAGAAAGAUGGAUCGCGGACGUUUGCAGCGGUCAUGGAGCGUCGGCUGCGAAAGUUGGGCAUCCUCAAAACCAACCCCAACGACCUCACCGACGACGAACGCAAACAAUUUGCUCGCCUCGACAUUGACCCUUCCACUAUUACCUGGAACCGUGUUCUGGACACGUGCGACCGGUUUCUGCGCGGGAUCACAAUUGGCCAAGCUCCCACGGAACAAGGACACGGCCGCAACACUGGUUUUGACAUCACGGUGGCCAGUGAAAUCAUGGCCGUGUUGGCGUUAGCGACAAGCUUGACGGACAUGCGCGAGCGGUUGGGUCGGAUGGUCAUUGGCAUGAGCAGGGCUGGAGUCCCAGUGACAGCCGACGAUUUGGGAGUCGGCGGCGCUUUGACUGCCUUGAUGAAGGAUGCUAUCAUGCCCACGUUGAUGCAAACCGUGGAGCAAACCCCAGUAUUGGUACACGCGGGGCCAUUUGCCAACAUUGCGCACGGCAACUCAUCCAUUAUCGCCGACCAAAUCGCACUUAAAUUAGUCGGUCCGGAAGGAAUUGUGGUCACGGAGGCUGGCUUUGGUGCAGAUAUUGGCAUGGAAAAGUUCUUUGACAUCAAAUGUCGCGCCAGUGGAUUGAUUCCUCAAUGUGUGGUGCUCGUGGCAACCGUGCGUGCGCUAAAGAUGCACGGAGGUGGCCCGACUGUGACUGCUGGCAAACCGUUGGACGCAGUGUACGUGGACGAAAACGUCGAGUUGGUCACGACAGGAUGUGCCAACAUGAUGCAGCACAUUCGAAACGCGCUCAAGUUUGGCGUGUCGGUGGUGGUGUCUGUGAACCGGUUUGCAAGUGACAGUGACCGUGAGAUUGAAAUCGUCCAAGCCAAAGCAUUGGAAGCUGGGGCGUCGGCAGCCAUCGAGUGCAACCACUGGGCCAAGGGAGGCGCGGGGGCAGUGGCGUUGGGAGAGGCGGUGGCGGCGGCGUGCGCGGCACCGUCGAACGCAUUUCGAUUUUUGUAUCCGGUCGAGUGCUCCAUCGAGCAAAAGGUGGAAAGUGUAUGCAAACAGAUCUAUGGCGCCGACGCCGUCGCGUAUUCCCCGCUUGCGCUGGAAAAAAUCCAGUUGUUUACGGCCUGUGGCUACGAUUUGCUUCCCAUUUGUAUGGCCAAAACCCAUCUCAGCUUUAGCACAGACCCGACCAAGAAGAACGUGCCCACGGGGUUUACUGUGACAAUUCGCGACAUUCGGGCAUCCGUGGGCGCGGGAUUCCUCUAUUUGCUCUGCGGGGACAUUAUGACAGUGCCGGGGCUGCCCACGCGCCCUGGCUUUUACGACGUCGACGUCGACUGCGUCACGGGCAAAAUCGUCGGCUUGUUCUGAUUGGCCACUCGAAGAACGUACUAGCCAAUCAAAUCACAGAGUCCUUCGUUCCCCCAUCAUUGGGAAAAACUUGAUAAUACAUGUAUGUAUACUCGGAUAUACAACUAA